AGGUCUGAGAGGUGGAGAGGGAGAAAGAUCGUUAGAUCCUCACCUCAAAAUUGAUGAACGCACAUAUUCCGACACAUAACCGCUAUAUUGAAAACUGUGAGACCCAGUGUUGACUUUAGACUGCCGGCGUAAUUGUCACUCAAUAUUGGUAUCAUUUCCAACUGACAUCCGUCAAGCUUAAAAAUCAAAGGACUCUAUUUGUUGAAGGAACGAGCGUUGAAUGGAAAGAAUGGCAGGGCCGUCGAGUUCGCAGACGCAAACGGAGACAGUUUUGGAGGGAGACGUCAGUGACGGUCCACAGGAAGUUCCAACAAUAACUUUAUGCCUCCGAAAACCAAGAUCAAGCAAAAAAGUCCAGUGGACAUCAGGGACAGUUGAUAAUGAGAACAUGAACAAGAAAAAAUCAAAAUGUUGCUGUAUUUACGAGAAACCGAAGGACUUUGGAGAGAGUAGCUCGGAAGAUAGCGAUGACGAAUGUGAGCAUUGUCAUGGACACAAGGAGACCCAUAAAAAAACGAUAUCGCCACCAAGGGAUAACAGCAUACCAUCGCAACUUGAACCAAUUGUUACAGGCUCCACCUGAAACCGCACCGACCUCCUAGGACUGAAUUCACUGGAUUGUAUAAAAUUUACAGUAGUUUAGUUUAUACAAUUUAAUAUUUAAUUAAUUUAUUAAUGACGUUUUCCAUCAGUUUAUUCAGCUUGGACGCUCGCAGUUUUUCAAUAUACAAUACAAACCUGGUUGAAUUUACAAUCCAAUGUUCACUUACUUGAAAAGUAUAUCAAUUAAAAUUUGAUUAAAAUUCUGUAGAUCACAACGUGGAAAUAAGCUGGUGUUUAAAAAUACUAAUAUUGUGGAAGUUUUCCAACAUUAAGAUCAGAGCCAUUCGAUUCACAAUCGUCGGCUGAAAGUAACAGUUAACUUUAUCUAUUGAAUAAUAAUUCAAAACAUUCACGAAUGUCGAUAUUCUCUGCGAUAAUUCAAUAAAGCCAUUAUACUAUUUAAUAGAAAAAGUUCAAGAUCUCUGAAAUAUAGAGUAUUCAAUCGAUUUUCCUCAACUCUUCAACUAUUUAGUAUCGAUUUUGUAACGAAAUGAUGAAAAAAGGUGAGUCCAACAAUUUCAUGCACAUUCUUCUGCAAAUAGACCCAAAAUUAAUGAGUUUGGAGACAAACACCGAAAAACAUUUUUUACCUAUAAAAUUCCUUACAGAAAAUGUCUGACAUUGUAAAAUAAUCAGAAGAGGGUGGACUCAUCUUUUAUAAUUUUCUCAUUGGAUUGCUCGAUUAAAUGAAGAAUUAUAAACUCAAAUGUUCUUAAACAAUAUAUUUUUGUGCUCUAUUUAAAUUUAACAUCACGAGUAGCUCAAAUGCUGCAAAGAAAUCAUCAAUUGUUAACGUUUUCUGUAAUUAAAAUUGUUUAUGCAACUCUGCAUUUCUGAAAAGGAAUAAAAAUGAGUUUUUACGUGCUAAUCAAA